UCACCGGGUCACAGCCGACACACUGACAGCUGGGCAUGUCGCGCGCGGCCGAAUCGUCGCCUUAUUGAUUUAUUUCACCAUGAGCUCGCCGAACAAAUCACUAGACAAAAGAAACGGCUCCAAAAAUAAGUUGGACAAGCUGGUAAAGGGGAGAAAAGGCACCUUUCCACUGCUGAUCAAGACAUCACGACCGGAGGCCUUCCCUCACCCUCACAGACUCCCAGCAGAAGGCAACCGCCUUGGAACAAACCGGCCCUGCUCACAGAAGUUUGGCCCUGGUGUAGGGACCUUGCCUCAGCUUGAGCCACCGGUGGUCCAGGUGGUGGUCAGCAAUGCCAAAAACCAACAGCAGCAGUCGGACAACAUCCUGCCCCAAAUUGCCAACAAAGGGGGCCAAAACAACUAUCAGAAACACCCGGAUGAGAGGCCAAAGCCCACCCAGCAGUUUGCCAUGCGCUUUGGUGCAGCAAUGGAUAAAGUGUCAGUCACGCGAAACACCAAGAUUUUCAGCAACAAGCUGGAGAAAGAGAAGUCCUAUGAGGGACAAAGGUUACCCAUGUCCCCCAUCGAGGCACUGAAGAACUUCCAGGAGCGGAUGACAGAGUUUGAACAGGAGGAAAUCAUGGACUACGCAGAGAUCUGGUUCAUGGGUCUGGGCUCUCAGAAGAUUGAGGGUUCCCAAGGCACCCCACAGAACUCUGGAUAUGAUGACGAGCAUGGCAGCUACAUCAGGGUGCUGCACGACCACAUUGGCUACAGGUUUGAAGUGCUUGAAGUGAUUGGGAAAGGCUCCUUUGGGCAGGUCCUGAAAUGUCUGGACCACAAGAACAAUGAACUUGUAGCCAUUAAAAUGAUACGUAAUAAGAAAAGGUUUCAUCACCAGGCUCUGGUUGAGCUGAAGAUUCUGGACGUGAUAAAGAGGAAAGACAAAGACAACCUUCACAACGUCAUCCACAUGAAGGAGUACUUCUACUUCCGCAAUCACCUUUGCAUCUCCUUUGAGCUUCUCGGGGUGAACUUGUACGAGCUCAUCAAAAAAAACAACUUCCAGGGCUUUAGCCUUGCACUCAUCCGUCGCUUCGCCCAUGCUCUUCUCAGGUGCCUGCAGAUGCUGCACAGGGAGAAGAUUAUCCACUGUGACCUCAAACCGGAGAACAUCCUUCUGUCUCAGAGAGGGCCAGGGAACAUCAAGGUGGUUGACUUUGGAUCAAGCUGUUAUGAACAACAAAGGGUGUACACCUACAUCCAGAGUCGCUUCUACCGCUCUCCAGAGGUCAUCCUGGGUCACCCCUACAGCAUGGCCAUUGACAUGUGGAGUCUGGGUUGCAUCCUUGCUGAGCUCUACACAGGCUAUCCCCUCUUCCCAGGAGAGAGCGAGGUGGAGCAGAUAUCUUGCAUAAUGGAGGUUCUUGGAAUGCCUCCGAAUGAUUUUGUUCAGUCUGCAUCGAGGAAGAGGUUGUUCUUUGACUCAAAAGGAAACCCCAGAAACAUCACGAAUAGCAAGGGGAAGAAGAGGAGACCCAACUCCAAGGAGCUGUCAGCUGCGUUGAAAACUAACGACACGUUGUUCUUGGACUUCAUCAAACGCUGCCUCGUUUGGGAUCCAACCAAGCGUAUGACUCCUGAUGAAGGGUUACAGCAUGACUGGAUCCUGGAGGGAAAUUUCAACAAAGUCCGGCCAAGAACCAAGCCACCAGUGAAGAAGGCCUCCGACAGCAAGGCUGCAGAGAAGGUCAGCUCAGAGAGCAGCACUGCUGACAAGCUGGCCCCUGCUGAGCGUCUGAGGCCCAUCGGCGCCUCAGCAGAAGAGGAGGUGUAUGAGAACGAGGACAAACUCUCCACAGAUACCAAGCAGCAGGAGGGAGGUGGAGAGAGGCCCGUCCACAUCAUCAUCAAGCCUCAGGAGAACGCGGGCCCAGAGAGGAACGACAGUCAGGAACCGCCUCACUGUUUGCCCCCUAUCGUCUAACAGUCAAAAGGGACUGAGUUGUAGAAAAUGGACAUUUGAGGAAAAGUUGCAUUUGCUCAGCCCACACACAAAGAAAAUUAAAAGCUCCUUCAUGCUAUCAUUUGCUACAGGCACUGCCAUGUUCUAGCACAAAACAACAUGUUAGGCGUCAGAUCCAGAGAACAGAGUUUCAGGUUGGAAAGCAGCACAAGAUUUCUGCUGACAGGUAGGAAACAAACCAAUGCCACAUGCCGGCGAACAAACUAUUGAUGUGUGGAGUGGAUACUGAUCAUCAGCACGGCGGGACAUCUUCUGUUAGUUGUUUAAAGUAUACAGUCAGAGCAAACUAUGUUUCUCUGACUGUAUAUAGAACUAUGAGUUUGUAUGACAGUGAGAUCAAUGGUUCAGUUGUACUUUUUUGUAUAAAGAAGCUGGAGCAGUUGCAGGCAGACAUUUUAUUUGAAUGUGUCACAAUAGAGACGUCGCGCUGUCCGCCACUAAAGAAUACACAAACUAAAAGCUGAUCAGGUGGUCAGAAACAUAAGUCAUAGUACAGCAUCAGCUUUUUGCUGCCACUGUCUCUGGUAUUAUUUAUUGAACCUAUCUUUGCUGUGCAUUGAAAUCUUUGAUAGAAAGAUUAGACUUCAAAUGCUUUUACUUUUCUCAGUUUCUAUGUUAAGCGUGUAACGUGUGAGUAGAAAAUUGCUCAAAUUUCUGUUUUGGCUGUUUUCUUUUUUUUUCUUUUAGACAUUUUAGCGUUACUUUCAUAAUGGUAAGAUCUAUGAAGAAUUGUUUGCAAUAAAGGCUGAGCCAAAAACUUUUUUAAAAAAUUCAUGUUCAAGAAAUAAUUGUCUUGUACUUUUUAAUGGUAGAAUGCAGUUGAUUACAUAUUGAUUAUCAUUUCAUUAAUUUAUUAGGGAAUAUGUUUGAUCUUGUGUUUCAUAUUAUGUUCAACAAUUUAAUUCACAGAUCCUAAAAUAUGUAUUUGUAAUAGAAUUUAUUGUAUAUAUUUCUGCUGUAAUUUCCUAUGUAUGUGUAACAGAGUUUAGACAAGGUUUUACUUGUGUUGUUUCUGUAAGCAAACAUUUUGUAUGUCUGUGUUAUUCAGAAUAUUUUUUAUAUUAGAAACAAAAGACAAUCCUAUUAUUGAUAGUUUGUGCCUUGCAGUAUUAGAAAUCUUGCACUUUACUAUUGUGUGUGUACACCUGGAUUAGACACUGUUGGAUUCAUACCUGUCACACAGACAAGGGUUCAAAUUACCCUGCAAGGAUCCCUUUUAUUUGAUAAAAUGAUGUCUCAUCUAAUAUUACAGAACAUAAUGAAACGGUUCAUUAUUAACCAUCUUUGUACAAUUGUUAAUCCUUUAGUCGAGAUCCAUUUGAAAUUGAAGACAGACUCGUGCCCUCACUAUCUAUUAGCUAAGCAACCAG